UCUAGCAAGAGAGAGGACACCUUUUGUGGCAGAGAAUUAUGAAAUCGGAAUUGGAAUUUCGGCUUCGUUAGUUGCCCUCCGUUGGCGUCUACGUGCGGUUGUUUCCCUUCGUCAACUCUUCCGAUUUCGAUUUAUUCAAAGCAAUUUCGAUCAGUGCAACUCGCGAGUGCAUGCCGAGUGAUUUACCUGAUUGAUUUACCCCGAUAUCUGUAGAUAAAAUGUACUUGAUAUGAAUAUGGUGGCAUAUGGUGUGUGAAAAUUCUAAGAAACGCUCAUGUAACAAGUGAAACGUCUUCAAAGAGACCUAUAUAUGAGGGAUACCUUAAAAAAGAGGCAAUUUGAAAUUGAAACUCGAGCUCAACCAACUCCCAAAAGGGUAAAAAACGACAGAAGCAAACGCAGAGGCUAAUUGAGAGGGGAAAAAACUGUGAUAAGCGAAAAGGGUUAGAGCGGGACAAUAUACAAUUUUAAUAAAACUAAAACCCGAAGCAAAUUAAAAAGCAGGCGACGCCAAAUGCGGCACUAAAAGUAAUUAGCGACAGGAGCGGCAGGACGCGGCGCAGUGCAGAAACAAAAACAGAGCUGUAAUAAAUGAUGUUGCAAUCCCUGAAUCUGCAGGCGGAUAAACUGAGUGGAAUUUCAGCAGCAGCAGCGGCAACUGCAACAGCAACGGCUACGGCAGCAGCAACAUUGGAGGCAACUAGCGACCCGGGAGGUGCUACAACAAUGCUAACAACCGCACCUGUUGCCCAUGUUGCUAAUGGCAACAACAGCAAUUCCAACAGCAGCAGCAACAGCAACAAUAGCCCUUUUAGCAAUAACAAUUUAAGUAGCAGCAGCAGCAACAAUAGCCAGCAACAGCAGCAGCAGCAACUUCAGUACGAGUAUUUAGAGAAUCUAACGAGCUCGACCGCAACUUCAGGUGCCAUUGCAGCGACAACAACCUUCACAGGCGCUGCAAAAAGUUUCCAUCCGUAUUUGCGGCCCAACAGCAGCAACGGUAACAGCAACAGCAGCAACAUCACAGCAUUAUCUGCAACAGCAGCAGCCGUAGCGGCAAAAAUGUCGACGACAUUGUUUGAAACACUUUUGCACAACCAAAUAAAUUCCAGCCCCACAGCGCCACCAGCAAUUGCUGCAACAGCAGCAGCAGCAGCAACACCCGGCACCGCAGCAACCGCAACAGCAGCAGCAGCAGCGGGAGCAGCAGCAACUGCCGCAGCAGCGACGUCGAAUUCCAGCAUUAAUUCCAGAACUUCAUUAGGCGAACAGCCCGCAGUUGCAGCUCCUCCCAAUCGUGACCACAGUCCUAUGGAUGAGCUCUCCAUCAAAUCCGAGCUUGUGAUCAUGGAGACAAACAGUCCGGAUCCCAGCAAGGAUCAGCCGGAUGCAGACAACAUCAAGAUGUUCGUUGGCCAAAUACCAAAGACCUGGGAUGAGCCGCGUCUCCGGCAGAUGUUCGAGCAGUUUGGACCCGUUCACACGCUGAAUGUCCUGCGGGACAAGGUCACGUCGAUUAGCCGAGGGUGCUGUUUUGUCACCUACUAUACAAGAAAGGCCGCCCUGCGCGCCCAGGAUGCGUUGCACAACAUCAAGACCUUGGACGGGAUGCACCAUCCCAUUCAGAUGAAGCCGGCGGAUAGUGAGAACAGAAACGAGCGGAAACUCUUCGUCGGCAUGCUGAACAAAAAGUACACCGAGGCCGAUGUGCGUCAGCUCUUCACCGGCCACGGAACCAUCGAGGAGUGCACCGUGCUCAGGGAUCAGGCAGGCCAGAGUAAAGGCUGUGCCUUCGUCACAUUCGCUACCAAACAAAAUGCCAUUGGGGCGAUUAAGGCCCUCCACCAAAGUCAGACCAUGGAGGGCUGUUCGGCCCCGUUGGUCGUCAAGUUCGCAGACACGCAGAAGGAGAAGGACCAAAAGAAAAUGCAGCAGCUUCAUGCUUUCUGCGGCAUCAAUGCACUGACAGGACCCACGGCUAGCGGAGCUUCUGCUGCGGCUGCCACGCCCACUGCCAAUGCAGCCACGGCCCUGAUAGCCACCACACCCUCAGCGGCCCGGCCGAAUCCAUCGAUGGCCGCCGCUUUGGCAGCAGUACCCCCAGUGCAGCAGGCGGGAGCACCGGCCCAAUCGGCUCUCGUUCAGGUGCCCUCGUCCGCCGCCCUCAAUGCGUCCUUGGCGCCAGCCCUGCUGGCUAGCAAUCCGCAUCAGGGUGCAGCAGCAGCAGCGGCGGCAGCUGCCGCUUACUUGGGAACAGACCCAGCGACGGCGGCUCACCUGCAGCUGUACCAGCAGCUCCACGGAUACGGACUGAGUCCGGCACACUAUAUGCCAGGACUAAAUUUCCACCACCCAUCGGAUAACAGUGCCCACCACAGCCAGCACCCACAGUCACAGUCACACCCAUCAGGUGGCGCCGCCGGGAGUGCAGCAUCCGCAGCAGCCGCAUCUUUAUCGGCUGCCGUCGCAGCAGCAGCAGCAGCACCUCUCCCACUUGGCGGCGGCGGCGGCGGCCCAUCACCAUCCGCACCACCCACAGGCAGCAGCGGCGGCGGCGGCAGCAGCAGCAGCGGCAGCGGCAUCGGGAUCCCUACCGCCGGGCAUGCUCCUGGCACUGGACUGCUCGCCGCUCCAUCCCUGUCUAUGCAGAAUCUGGUAGCCCUGCUAGCCACACCCACUGCCCACGCCCACGCCCAAGCCCACGCCCACCAUCCGAUGACCAUCGCCCAUCACAGCCAGAGCAGCAGCGGGAACAGCAGCCUGCACCACCAGCGUUUGGCCUAUGCCGCCGCCCAACAACAGCAACAGCAGCCACCUCCCUCGGCGACGGCCUUCAACAUGUCGCAACUGAUGGCCACGCCCACCCAGCAGGUGGGCGGCGGCCAAACGCUGACCCUGAACGCGCUGUGGCCCCCGAGUGCCGCCGAUCCCUAUACCCCCUCCCUGAGUGGACUGACAAAUGGAGCCGCCGCCUAUGGAGCCGCCCAGCCCCUGACUGCCAGCGCUCUUCAAGCGGCAGCAGCGGGCGUGGCGGGCAAACAAAUCGAGGGUCCAGAUGGCAGCAACCUCUUCAUUUAUCACCUACCUCAGGAGUUCAUUGACACGGAUCUCGCGUCGACAUUUCUGCCCUUCGGCAAUGUCUUGUCGGCCAAGGUGUUCAUCGAUAAGCAGACCAACCUGUCCAAGUGCUUCGGCUUCGUCUCCUACGACAAUCCGCACUCGGCCAAUGCGGCCAUCCAGGCGAUGCAUGGCUUUCAGAUCGGCACCAAGCGCCUGAAGGUCCAACUGAAACGUUCCAAGGAUGCGGCCAAGCCGUACUAGCUACUACCUAGCUGCUAAGGUGGCCUAAAGGGGCGUGGCCAAGGGCCAGCAUACAGUCACAACCAAUUCACAACAGACAAUGGAUAAAACUAGCUUAAGCAAUUGUGCCUUUUAUUAGCAGCAACGUUCUGAAACCAAAGGACCAAUUACAAAAAUGUAUCUGAUAAGUGAAUAGAAACCUAAAGCAAAUAGAAAAAAAAGGCUUACAAAUAAAGUUCUCGAGUGCACAAAAAUGAACCGCAAAAACAACCCUUAACCAAAGAAGUAGCUUAAAAGUUGCAUCCUUGUUGUAAUCACAUUUGCUGAAACACAACCAUCAACCAUUUUUCAUCAAGCCCUAAUCUAAACUAAUCAACGUGGUCGGCAAACAAGUCCUAAAAGUAAAAACUAAAAACCAAAAUAAAAUCCAGAAAUUUGAAGCUGCCUUGUGUGUGGCGCCAAAGUAUUUAUCAAAGCCAAAUAGUUAAGCAAACAAAUAAAAAACAAGGGGAAACAAAAAAAAGGAACACAGCAAAUUCAGAGGAAAAUAUAAACUUAUAUUUUGCACACACGAAACAAUUUAGUAAAUUAAUAUUUAGUUAAGAGUUAAGGUAAUAAAUUUAAAUACAAACAAACAAAAAACAUUCGAAAUUCCGUUCGUAGUGAGAAACAUUCAAAGGGUUAGCUACAAAGUAAAGCAAA